GAAUGCGAGCGCGGUGAGCGUGUUGGUAGAAAUGCACUGGGUAAACAUCCUUCCUCUUCGGGCGGCAAUCAUGGCUACUGGAGCACCGUUCUUUCUCAUGCGCCUUAUGUCUUCGUCUGUCGCUGUGGCUAAUCGAGCCGGUGGAAUUAUCCGUAACAUACUUAAAACAGGCAGUCUUGGCGUUGUAGACAAGGGUGGUAGUGGAGAAUAUGACCCACAAACUGAAGCAGAUCGUGCAUCUCAGAAAUGUAUCAUUGCCUCACUGUUGAGAACAUAUCCAACUGUGCAAAUUAUUGGAGAGGAAGAGAAUGUUCAUUUGGAUGAUGUGAGAGAAGAGUUUAUUGAAAUAUCUCAAGACGAAACAGUUCUUUCAAAACCUUGUCCAGAAGAUCUUAUUACAGUCAAGCCAGAGGAAGUUACCAUCUGGGUGGAUCCACUAGAUGGUACAAGAGAAUUUACAGAGGGUCUUUAUGAUCAUGUGACAGUUCUCAUAGGUAUUUCAUUAAAUGGCAAACCUGUAGCAGGAGUUAUCCAUCAGCCAUUUUAUGGUUAUGAAAAUGAAACCCAGGGAAGUAAACUUGGAAGAACUAUGUGGGGUGUAAGAGGUCUUGGUAGCUUUGGUUUUACCCACAUCCCCCCUCCCCCAGGACGAUGUGUCAUCACCACAACUCGCUCUCACUCCAAUGGGGUGGUAAUGGAAGCAGUAGAAGCAAUGAAUCCUGACAAGGUAAUAAAGGCUGGUGGGGCAGGUUAUAAAGUGUUGUUGCUACUUGAAGGAGCUGCUGAUGCCUAUGUGUUUGCAAGCCCAGGGUGCAAACGUUGGGAUACCUGUGCAUGCGAGGCUCUCCUUGAGUCUGUGGGCGGUACUCUGACAGAUGUGUGUGGAGAGCAUGUCACAUACGAUCCUCAAGCAGAUAGCUAUGUUAAUAAGACUGGUGUGCUAGGAUCACUAAAGGACCAUAAGAUUUAUGUAGACAUGAUCCCAGAAUCUAUUAAAAGUAAUCUGCGUGGGAAAUUGUAAUUUAUUAUUUAAUGUAAUGGGUCAGGAAUAAAACUUACUAACUUGCACUGAAAAGUUCUUAGUUUUGAUUUCAUUUAAUUCCAUCCAUGAUAAUUUGGGUACCCACUAUUCCUUCUUUCCUAUCUUCUUUUAACCUUGAGAGCUCUGACUCUCACUGGUUGAUGUGUGUCUAGAUGAGGCAUGUAAACACAGAUUAAUAAAUAUGCCGACUAAGUGUGUUGUAGGAGGAUGUAGCAACAUGGGAAAUUUGCAAGAGGGUAUCGCGCUUCAUACAUUCCUCAUACAACACACCUAGUUGGCGUAUUUCGGACAAUAUCGGCGACAACUUUCCCAAACAAGUAAAAUUGUGUGAAAUGCAGACUUUCGUGUUCUCGAUUUGACGUCACAUUAUCCACUAGAGCCAUUCCUCU